GAAAAGUCUGAUGUCAGAAAACUUCUGUAACAUGUGUACUGUGUAAGGAAGACGUGGGAAUCCAGGACUCAUUUAGAACAUGGAUCUGUAAAUAAAAGGAGUGUGGAGAAGUACUGCUCCUCAAGAGGUAUCUGUGAAGUAUGGAAGUAGAAGUGAUGGGUACUACAAAGCCUAACAACAGGAGACCAGCCACUAGAGCCACCAAAGUGGCCCUUGCAUUCUUCAUUAUCGUUACAGGAGUUCUUGCCAUUCUGCUUUUACUGGUCACUCAAGGACUCAUUAGCUUCCAGAAGGAGAAGUAUUGUUUAACUCCAGAAUGCAUCGAAGCAGCUGCCCUUAUCCAGCUUAAGAUGAAUCUUUCUGUGGAUCCGUGCAACAACUUUUUUGAGUAUGCCUGCAGUGGAUGGAUGCAAGAUAAUCCAAUUCCAGAUGAUAUGUCAAACUAUGGGAUCUACCCAUGGCUUAGGAAUAACGUUGAUCUUAAAAUUAAAGCACUCCUAGAGAAACCAUUAAGCAAGAGACGAGAUAUAGAGGCUGUUCAAAAGGCGAAGAUAUUUUACAUUUCCUGCAUGAAUGAAACUCAAAUAGAGGAAGCUGAUACAAAGCCCAUUCUGAAGAUACUGAAACAACCAUCUAUGCGAUGGCCAGUACUGGAAUCCAAUAUUGGAAAUGAUGGGAAAUGGUCAGAGAGAAAAUUCAAUUUUCUUCAAACUCUAGCAGACCUGCGAGGAAAGUACAGUACUUCUGUGUUACUGCGAGCGUUUGUAGCAACAGAUGACAAGCUGUCUAAUAAGUUCAUUUUAAAGCUGGACCAAGCAUCGCUUUCCCUGUUAUCUCAUGAGGAUUAUCUUGACAAUAGCACUACUACAAAAUUAUACAGAGACUCUCUUCUACAGCUGAUGGUUGAUGUUGCUGUUUUUCUUGGAGCCAACAAGACCAGAGCCGAAUCAGAUAUGAAAACAGUGAUUGACCUGGAAACAAAGCUAGCCCAGAUAACAGUUCCUCAUGACAACAGGACGAGUGAAACAAUGUAUAACAAGAUGAACAUCUCCGAACUCAAUGCUAUGAUCCCCCAGUUUGACUGGUUGACCUACCUAAAGAAAAUAAUUGAUUUCAACAUGUACCCUGAACUUAAAGACAUUGAUUCUUCAGAAAAUGUGAUUGUCCGGGUGCCACAGUAUUUUAAAGAACUGAUUAAAAUAAUAGAAGCUGAGGAUAAAAGGACCCUUGCCAACUACCUGAUAUGGAGAUUUGUGUACUCGAGAAUUUCCAACCUCAGUAGACGUUUUCAGUACAGACAGCUGGAAUAUGCCCGGGUUCUUCUGGGUACCAAUUCUCUGGCAGCUCGUUGGGACAGAUGUGUAAAUUACAUAGAAAAUUCUCUCCCUUAUGCUGUGGGGAAGAUGUUUGUGAAUGCUCACUUCCAAGAGGACAAGAAAAAAAUGAUGCAAGAGCUGAUUGAAGGUAUCCGCUGGGCAUUUAUCGACAUGCUGGAAAAAGAAAAUGACUGGAUGGAUGAAGAAACCAAAAGAAAAGCAGAAGAGAAGGCAAAAACUGUGAUGGCCAAAGUUGGAUAUCCAGAAUUCCUUUUGAAUGACACUUACAUAAAUGAAGAAGUCAAAAUGCUGAAAUUUUCAGAAUCGGAUUAUUUUGGGAAUGUACUGCAGACCCUGCACUUUUUAUCACAAUCUGAUUUCCAUUGGUUGAGGAAAGAGGUUCCUAAAAAAGAGUGGUUUACAAGUCCGACAACAGUCAAUGCUUUCUACAGCGCAUCUACUAACCAAAUUAGGUUCCCUGCAGGAGAACUUCAGAAGCCUUUUUUCUGGGGAACAGAAUACCCACGAUCUCUGAGCUAUGGAGCAAUUGGGGUAAUUGUUGGCCAUGAGUUCACACACGGCUUUGACAGCAAUGGUCGUAAGUAUGACAAAGAUGGAAAUUUGCAUUCAUGGUGGACCAGUGAAUCAGAAGAAAGAUUUAAAGACAAAACUAAAUGCAUAAUAGACCAAUAUAAUGAUUACUACUGGAAGCAAGCUGGGUUACAUGUAAAGGGAACAAAGACAUUGGCAGAAAAUAUUGCGGAUAAUGGAGGGAUGAGAGAAGCUUUUCGGGCUUACAGAAAAUGGAUCAGUGAAAUGAGAAGUGGUAAGGAAGAGCUUCUUCUUCCUGGCCUAAAAUUCACUAAUAACCAGCUCUUUUUCUUGAGUUAUGCACAUGUAAGGUGUAACGCCUUCCGGCCUGAAGCUGCAAGAGAUCAAAUUGUGAAUGGUGUACAUAGCCCUCCACAGUUCAGGGUAAUUGGUACAAUGAGCAAUUUUGAAGAGUUUCGCAAAGCUUUUAACUGUCCAGAAAACUCUACAAUGAAUAGAGGGAGUCGUUCUUGUCGGAUCUGGUAGAAGUGAAGAUUUUUUUUUCAAUACUUCAAAUAUAAUACAUGGACUGCUGUUUUAACUGCUGUUUUUUUAGAAGUGAAGAAAAUCCACUGAUUUCUGGAGAAACAUAUUUUUUAUACUCAAUAAGGAUUGAAUGAGAAUGUUUCUUGUUUUAUUGAGCUAUUUUAUAAACCAAUCACAUUUCCUAAUACAAAUUUUACUGGCAA